AUGGCAGUUCCGCGCCUCAAUAUCCGGGGUUUCGCUCUACGGCCUUCAAUAUAUCUACCUAGUAUUCGCGCCAACGUUGCGGGCAGAACUGCAGGUCUCCGGCCUCUUUCCUUCUCCGCACGGAAACAGGAUGUAAACAACACCAAAACCGAUACCUUCGUUGAACUGGCCAAAGCUCGACGCACCAUUUACCAGCUCGGAAGCAAGAGUCCCGUUUCGGACUCCAAGAUUGAGGAACUUGUCAACUCCGCUAUUUUGAAUGUCCCUAGCUCCUUCAACACCCAGUCGACACGGCUAGUCGUCCUCUUGCACGACGAGCACAAGCGCCUGUGGGAUAUUGGCAUCAAUGUCUUUCAGGACAUGGUGAAAACAGGUGCCAUACCAAAAGAAGUGUGGGAAAAGCAGACGUUGCCCAAACUACAGGGAUUCCAAGCCGCUGUUGGAACGAUUUUAUUCUAUGAAGACCCAGCGCACAUCAAGCCGUUCUCGGAGAAGUUUGCUCUCUAUAAGGACAAAUUUGAACCUUGGGCAGACCACUCUAAUGCUAUGCAUCAAUACUUCCUCUGGACCGGACUCGAAUCUCUGGGAUUUGGCGCAAACCUGCAGCACUAUAACCCUCUAAUUGAUGCCCCAGUCGCUAAGCAGUGGGACAUCCCAACUGACUGGAGACUUAUUGCGCAGUUGGUAUUUGGUAGCCCUGAGGCUACUCCCGGCGAGAAGAGCCAGAAGCCAAUUGAGGAGCGGGUUAAGAUCUAUGGGAAGCAGUAA